AUGCUCAGUGGAAUCGGCGACGCGGCCCAGCUCGAGGAAUUUGAUAUUCCACUUGUUGUUGACUCGCCUGGCGUUGGAGCUGCCCUCAUGGAUAACCAGGAAAUGCCCGUCGUCGGCCAGACUGCUGGAUCCGUAGGUUUCGGUGACCCUGGAUUCACCAUGAUCCAGACCGAGAACUCCACGUAUGGGGAGCGAGACAUGUUCAUCAUGCACUUCUCCGGAGGUGUUUUCCGCGGUUUCUGGCCCUCGAACCAGACUAAUACCUUGCCACCAGAGGUGCCUCGCGUGUACGGAACAUCACUCGUCAAGCAACAUCCACUCACUCAAGCGGGCUACGUGCGCCUACAGUCUUCCAGUCCGCUCGAUACCCCAGAUAUCAACUUCAACCUGUACGUCGACGAGGGACGUGAUGCCGAUCUUGCCAGCAUGAGAGAGAGCGUGGCCUGGGUUCGGAGGGUGUAUGCUAACGUCGCCGCCCCGGCCGGCCCCGUUGAGCCCCUGGAGCCUCCAUGCCCGUCCGGGAUCAAAGAUGACGGACACUGCACAGAUGAGGAAGAAGACAAUGAGUGGAUCAUCGGCCACACCUUUGGCCAUCAUCCGACUUCAACCGUCCGGAUCGGUGCUGACGACGACCCGAUGGCAGUGCUGGACUCUAAGUUCCGCGUCCGGGGUGUCGAUGGCUUGAGGGUCGUUGACGCAUCCGUAUUCCCCCGUAUCCCAGGCGUAUUUCCGGUAGUAGCUACCUUUAUUGUCAGCCAAAAGGCAACGGAUACGAUCCUCGAGGAACUAUCCGAAGAGACUGAUGUGGAGGAGUAA